GUGUUUGCCAAGAUCCGAACUGUUUUCUUCCAGUGCCAAAGCAGCGCUGCUUUGGCGCCAUGAGGGCCAGCGCUUUCGGGGCGAUUCUUUGGGCCUCCUUGAGACUUGCUUGGGGCCAUGACAGCUGCUGUGCCAAGGCAGCGGCACUAGGUGGGCGAGUGGAAGCAGCAAAGGUGAUGGUGCCAGACAUGAACGCUCAGAAGCCUGACGCUUGGGAUGAAGAUGAGGAUGGUCCUUGGGAACGGCCCCUGGUGCCGAAAGUGCAGUCCCUUUCGGCACAUGUGCUGUGGAUUUGGGUGGAUGAGCUCUGGAACAACCUAGAGGAUGCCAGCCCUUGGCUGCUCCUGGGCCUUCUUUGCAGUGGCACCCUGAAGUCUUUGUUUUCUGAUGACCUGCUCCAGCGAUUUCUGCCAAGCGGACCGUUCGGGCCAACGGUCACAGGUGCUCUUGUGGGGCUGUUCAGCCCGUUUUGCAGCUGUUCUUCUCUCCCGAUGUCUCUCACACUCCUUCGCACUGGUGCCCCCUGCUCUGCAGUGGUUGCCUUCAUAGUCUCCUCCCAAGCAGCUGGACUCGACUCCCUGCUCUUCACCAUGGGCGUCUUGGGCCUUCGUGUGGCUCUCCUGCGCUGUGGCGCUGCGCUGCUUCUGGGCAUCGCAGCGGGCUCCGUGGUGGACGGAGGUGGACGUGGCAGCUUGCCUGACGAGUCGCGCUCACAGUGCAGUGGACAGCAAAGCAAGUCUUGGACACCUCUGAAGCUGUGGGAAACGUUCACCGAAGACUUUGAAGAGAUCUUAGGAUCUGUGUUGCUGGGCUUUGCUUUGACAUCACUUCUCACUGCUUUGCUGCCAGCUGGUGGCCUGGGCACUGUCGCCUCCGUUGGUGGCCCCUUUUCGCUGUCCGCAAGGGCAGCGGUGCUGGCAGUGGCCUUGCCCUUGCAGUUUUGCGAGCAUGCGGCUGUGCCUUUGGCCGUGGCUUUGCAGAAGGCCGGCGCCACAGGUGGUCUUGCCUUCGCCACUUUGGCCUCUCUUCCUGCAAUCAACUCAGCCUCCUUGGCGUUCAUCGCGCACAUCGCUGGCGGCCGCUCCGCCCUUCAGGUUCUUCUGAGUGUUUGGCUUUUUGGUAUGGUCUUGAGCUAUUUGGCGGAUUGGGCGCAGCUAGAGCUCCUCCAGGUGGGUCACUCGGAAGAAGGCUUACCUGCUUGGUUCGUGAAGCUCAGCAAGCCGCUCAUGGGUGUGAUCUCUUUGGGCUCUCUUUGGCGAAUCGCUGGUCACCGUUGGGCACGUGACACAAAGAGUCGGUGCAAAUGCAAAGAGUCGUGACCGCACGUCAAGUCCGCUCCAGGAGUGGAGCGGCUCGGCGAGCAGAUCGAAGUUCGCGAAGCCUUCGAAAGAGUUUGAAAGAGAAAGCUUGCUGUUUGCAUAUGUGGUGUGCAAAGCCAAAGGAGUUCAACUGGGUCAGUCUUCCAAGGCCAGUCUACCCCCCUGGAAGGAAGAAAGACCUUUCAACCCAUUGGGCCAGGGCUGGGGCCUAUUUCGAUGCAUGCCCUUGUUGACGUCGUAGUGGGCCGCCGGUGGGCCACAUGGAACAGUGAUUUUCGGUAAUUUCCAUGUUGGAUCAUUUGAACGAAACUUAUUAACUUCCGCACUGGACACAAGGAGGACCAAGUACAGUUGCGCCUCUUCAGCACGGCCUCAGAUUGAACUUGAACUCUUUUAUGGGCUGUGAUUGCUUCAGUGAGAGAGAGAGAGAGAGCAAGCUCUCCCGAAACCGAAGCACAGCCCUGAGUUCUGCAGAAUGCUGCCAAUGGCGUCUUGAACCAACAAGAUGCUCCUCCCAGUUGCAGAUGGGAGGGUUGUUGGGAUCUCGCGUAGCUAAGCGGCUAAGCGCGGCGGCGAGUGGCAUCCAAAAAGGGCGAGGUCCGAUCCAAAAGAUGGUUUGAGCCUGGGGAGGCC